AUCAAUCAUGCCAAAAACCAAUAAUAAUGAUAUGUUUGAAAAAUCAAACAAAUUCAAUUCAUCCAAAAUCGCUACUGAUUCAGCAUUCAUUGACACGACAAUUAAAUCUUUUAUUACAUCAUUAUCGGUCAAAGAAAAUUCAUUGGACAAUAAAAACAUUGAAAAAUGUCCAUUAGAAAUGAAAAAAACACCAAUCAAUAUGGAUAGAGUGGAUAAUCUUGAUGAUAUUGUAUUGAUUGGUUCAUCGGAAGAAAUAUAUCGAUUAAAAGUGCAUAAAUAUAAAGAAAUAAAAAAUUACAUCAAAGGUGAAAUAUUGGGUAGAGGAAAAUUUGGUGUUGUACGUGAAUUUAUUGAUAAAAAAACAUUAAAACGUUUUGCUGGUAAAAUUAUCCGUUUUAAUAUAUUAAAACGUAAUACACAUCUUCGUCAUCAGAUUAAUAAAGAAUUAGCGAUUACAUAUCAUUUUAACCAUACAAAUGUAUUGCGUGUAUAUGAUAUUUAUUCAACUGGUAAAAAAAUUUACAUGUUCAUGGAAUUUUGUUAUGGUGAAUUGGCAGAAUAUCUUAAGGUUUAUAAACAAUUACCCAAAUCACAAUGUAAAGAUUAUUUCGUACAGAUAAUAGAAGGUCUUGGUUAUUUACAUUCACAUGGUAUUAUUCAUCGUGAUAUAAAACCGGAAAACAUUUUGGUCACUCCGGAUGAUAUCAUUAAAUUAGCCGAUUUUGGAGUCUGUCAAGAGAUAUCGACAUUUACAUUGGAUGAUAUGGUUUUCGGUAGUGAUGGUACACCACUUUAUCAUCCACCAGAAUUAUUUCAUCCAAAAAUUAUCCAUUAUUCGGGAACAAAAAUCGAUAUCUGGGCAUCUGGUGUUGUUCUAUAUCAAAUGCUCGUCGGUGAGCUACCAUUUUUCAAUAAACCAAAUACAACAAAAUCCGAUAUCGAUGAUAUAUUGACAAAAAAUGUUCAAUAUCCAUUGAUGAUUAAACAAGAUGUUUUACUAGUCGAUCUAUUCAAUGGAAUAUUUGAAAAAGAUUUUCGACGACGUAUGUCCAUAAUGGCCAUUAAAAAUCAUCCAUGGAUGCAAAUUGAUUAUAAUCGAAAACGUAAUGAACAAUUUGCUAAACUUCCAACCGACAAUUGUACUAUUGAUUCUUAUCGUGGUCUAACUGUAUUGACACGAAUCUAUAAUAAAUAUUAUCCACCACCAGCUGAUGAAAAAUUGGUAAAUUUUCGACAAUUUCAAGAAUCAUGUAAAAUUUUACCAUUGAUGCGUUCAUCACGUUAUGAUCAGGAUACAAGACAAAUCGAUAUAAUGGAUGGCGGUAAACAAGAUUCAUUGGUUAAAUUGGAAUUGAUUUAAAAAUAAAUUCAUCAUUAUUAUUCAAACCGAUAGAUGGCA